CCUGUGUUCGCCUUUUCGCCGUGGAAUGAGCCUCCUCUCUCGCCGUCGACAGUUUGAAUAAACUUUAUUGGUGAGGAGUUGUCGGCGGAUGGUCAAAGAUGGGGUCGCGGAUCGCUCGAAUGUUCCGAAACUUCAACCUGGAGAACCGAGUGAUCCGAGAAAUCUCCAAAGAGAAGCCGCGGGCGGCGCCGCGACACGAGCCCAGGGCGCCGCCGCCGUCCGAAGUGGUGGACACAGUGAACCAGAAGAACGACCCUCUGCUGAGCCUCCUCAGGUCUGUGUAUGUGGAGUCCACGGAUCCAGCAGCAGCAGCAGCGGAGGAGUCAAAGGAAGUCACAGCGGGUAAAGAGGCAGAGCGCCGGCCGCUCAGGUUCAGUUUACCAGGGGAGGCGUACGGCCUGGUGGAUCUCACAGACGUUCCUAGAGGCAAACUGACCAUCGUUGAGGCUCUGAAGGCCCUGAGCAGCCACCAGCGUCAGCCUCAGACGUGGACGCCGGAAAAGAUCGCUCAGGAAUAUUCUCUUGACUUGAAAGACACAAAGGCUCUUGUUGAGUUCUUCAUCCCCUUCCAGGUCAAGAUCAUACCGCCCAAGAGCGACGGCGCCAAGCAGAUAAAAGCUUCUUAGGACUGGACUGGUGGUGAUCAUUAGAUAAGAUAAAGUGUUUAACAGAUUUAUUCAUGUAUGUCGACGCACUGCCAUUGGGAAAGUCACCUGACCUGCAGCAGAUCAGCCACAGUUUCUCAAGCUUGGGGUUUGGACACAAAGGUUGAUGAAAGAAGCUAUGAAAAAUAAUAAAAUAUGAAUAAAGACAGUGGGUCUAAGAACUCACUAUAUAAUGAAAAUGUAUUUCAUCUUAAAUUAUAGCAUUGUUUCUUAUAGUCCAUUUGGAGAUAUUGGAAGCUGGUGAAAAUUCAACCCAAGUAUUUAUACUCUGUAGGUCUAGAAAAAGGUUGAUAAAUCUGAAUUCAAUGGAAUGUAACUUUUUCAGAAAUACACUAAUUAAUUAACUUGCAAUUACAACAACUAGCCAAGCUCUAGUCACUUCACAGAUGUGCUGGGUAUUUUUAACCUUUGCUAUCCCCCAGAUUCAAGUCAUUAUGCUAAGCUAUUGGCUAACUACAUUCAGACUCAUGGGUGCUGUUUUGAGCUAUUUGGAUUCAAGUAUUUCCAUUUUAUGCUACUCUACUAGUUAACCUCAAAAACGGUAUUUCUGACAAACAUGAUGCAAAUACAAAAUAUUUAUAUUGACUCUUCUCAGCUCACUCCUGGAAAAAAAGACUAGUCCUAUCCAGUGAAGAUUAAUUUACCCAAUGACAGUAAAUGUUUGUCUAAAAAGGCAAAACAGCAUCUGUCAUAUUAUUUGUGUCGACCCAGUCGGUUAAUUAUUGGGUCAUUGCAGCUCCACUCAGAGCUCCAAUGACAGAACUCUGCAGCACUGUGUUUUUGAUGAAGAUAAUACAUUAUUAUGCCAUUUAUCUAAGUAGCUACCACAUAAUGCAAUGGUUUUCAAAUAGUGGCUCCAGGGCUGAAUCCACCCUCCGAACCACAUGAUGUGACCCCAGACAGAUGUUUCCAAUUUCAUAACAAAACCUCUAGAUGAUCAGUCAUUUAUCUGCUGUAGUUAAUGUGAGUACGGUGCUUGGUUGAAUUUGAAUACUAAAACUGACCUGUGACAUUUAUUACUGUUCACAUGUAAAGAGAGCGUCCGAACUGCUGCUGUUGUGACCAAUGUGACAUCUUAAGACGUCUUCUUGAAAAAGACCUUUUACAUGUGAAAGCAAAAAAACAAAGGGGGGUGGACCAGUCAGUAGCAUCCAGAUGUUAUAUUUUGUAUUUCAUGUCGAACAUGUGAAAUAUUUUCCGGCUCAUGUGAAACCUGUACCUUACUUCUUGCCUGAAAUGAAAAGCCAGGUGAAAAGGUAUUGGAAAUCUUGCAAAUGAGUCCAUGUCUCUUACAGUAUACCUCAAAGCACGAAUCAUACAGCUUACGUUUUUCAUUUUAAUUUAUAGAACAUUUUCUUUCAAAGACUGGGAGCUGACAAAUAGCAGAGUUCUGCUUUUUGAAUGCCAUUCAGUGAAAUUUGACAUUGCCGGGAAAGCCCAAAAAGCCAAAGCUCUAUAAAUAAACUUAAAGAACCAAUGUGUCUAAACAUCAAAUGCAUUGAUAGAGAAGAGUGACCUGGUGGCAUUUGUAUCUGUUUGCUGCACAUACGCACAAUUCAUAAAAUAAAAAUAUGAUCUUA